AUGUCCCCACAGAAAAUCCAUCCAUCUUUAAGUAUUAAUUCAGCACUUCUCAAUCGAUGUAAGGUUGUCGUUUUGAGCAAACUAACGACAGACGAAUGCACUGCAAAUGAUGAUAAUCAAGCGAAUGAAGAAGUGUCAAGAUAUUUGGCGGUGAUGAGCGAUGGUGAUGCACGGGUUGCACUUGAUGCAAUUGGAUAUUACCAUUAA